AUGAUCACUCUAUCAUCUACUUUUGAUAAAGAAAAUCUCUCAUAUGAAAAAGUUUCAAAGGGUAAGUUUCUCAUGGAUCAUAUCGUUGAAUCUCCAGCUGAUACAUCAAAUAACAGUGUUGGCGCUCUUACCGCUAAUCUUUCUAAAGCUGCUACAGACCUUACGUCUGACUGGGACUCAACAUCAGUGUAUCAAGUAAAAAACCUUGUUAACUAUUAUUCCAUUGAAAACAUUGAAAAAUCUGACAUGACUGAUCACUUGUAUUUCGAUUUAUCUGUAUCAAACAAAGAAAAAUCUUCUCUCAAAAUCAAGUUAAAAAUCUCAAAGAAAAACUCUCCUGUUUCAAAGAAUCUCUUUCUCUUUUAG